CAAUUCCAGUUGCUAUUUUGCGUUUCUUCGGUGUUGCCAUUUCUGGUGACUCACAAUAUAAGUUUUCCUUCACUUAAUUUCGUUUAUGUGGCUGGCUCCAUCUAGAGUUGAAACUGACAAGUGUAACAGAGUUGAGCUCAAGCUUUUUGUGCAGGCCAUAUUCAAUUAUAUUUUCAGAAUUUGCUGCGGGCCGGAGUUGGCUCGCGGGCCAUAGUUUGGACACCCAUGCUUCAGGCUAUAAGCCUAUUUUAUUUUUUGCUAAGGAAGAAAAGUCUUCAAGAAAGCGGGUAGCAGAUGUAAUUACUCAUUUGGAGCCCACUGCUACUGCAAAUCAUUUUCUUGAGAAGACGCAGAGGGCUUAUGAAUUUCUCCUCUCUGUAGGUAAUGCAUGUACGUGUAUUAGAGUGUGUGUAUUUCUGAAGAGUGUUAUAUCAAGUCCACAGAAAGUGAGCAAGAUAUGUGUCUGUAAAUAUUUAUUUCUGUUUUCUGUAAAAUUAUGUCUUUCCUAGGCAUGUCUGUACCAGUGCAGCCCACACCUCUGUGGAACAGCAAGUUAUUUUCACCCAAAGAGCAGUGGGCUGGUGAAAAAGCUGAGAACCUGGUCUAUGAACAAACAGAGACCAUAGCUGAGGAGCAUCCAAAGUGCAUGCAAGUGAAAUAAUCUUUGGAUGCUGGUUCUGUGGUACCACCAAACCAGACCUUUAUUGUGCUUGAUCUGGUUCCUGUUUCUCCUUCUAUUGUUCCAUCCAUUCACAUUUGUGCAUUUUUCACUUCUCUCACUGAGAUAAAGUGUUUUUGGUCCCUGAAAGUCACUUUUUUGUAAAGCACAGAAAUGAGACUUUGUUCCUGCUUCAGACCUCAAUAACUACUGCGUAUCAGCAUUUCUGAGCUGUUUCAAAGAUUAUAAAGCUGGAAGUAGAAUGUAGUGGUGAGAAAUUCACAUUUGUGCAUUUUUCACUUCUCUCAUAAAAACGUUUUGAGUCUCUGACAGUUACUUUUUUUUAAUAAAACACAGAAAUUAUACUUUGAAACAGCAUAAAAAGCAGUAAUUUUCUCGUUUGAAGCAUGAACAAAGAUUAUAAAGCUGAAAAUUGACUGUCGUGAUGAGAAUUUGACAUUUGUACAUUUUUCACUUCCUCACUGAGAUAAAGCAUUUUUGGUUUCUGACACUCAUUUUUUUUUUUGUAAAACAGGAUUCAGACGUUGUUCAUGAGAGAGAUAUCUAUACAGCCUUAUGUCAAAAUAUAAUCGAUGGAGUAAUUGAUGACCCUAAUUAUUAAUUGCUUUUAAUUUCCGGUGACAGGAUGUGCCCCCCUUAAAUAAAUAUCACAUCCCUCAAAAUAAAUAUUAGUAAAUCCUCCUAUAUGCCCCAUGUUAAAUCCUCCCAUAUGUCCCACAAUACGUUCUCCUGAUUGUCUCCAUGUUAUUUCCUCCCAUAUAUCCCAUGUUAAAUCCAGCCAUAUGACCCAUGUUAAGUUCUCACAUAUAUCCCAUAUUAAAUCUUCCUGUAUGCCUCAUAUUAAAUCCACCCAUAUGUUCCAUGUUAAGUUCUCACAUAUGCCCCAUAUUAAUUUCACCUUGAUGUCAAAUCCUCCCUUAUGUCCCAUGUUAAAACCUCCCACAUGUCCCAUAUAAAGUUCCCCUGAAUGUCUCCAUGUUAAAUCUUCCCAUAUGUCCCAUUUUAAAUCCUCCCUUAUGUCCCACGUUAAAUCCUCCCAUAUGUGUUUCAGAAGUUCUGUGAAAGGAUGUCAAAAAAGGCUGUAUUUCAGCAAAAGAAGUGAAGAUUUGAAUAUUCAGCACUAUAUUCAAUUUUCAGCCUUAUUAUCUUUUAAACAACAUAGAAAUGCUGAGAAGCAGUCAUUCUGGUUGUUUGAAAUAGGAACCAUGUCAAAAUCUUGUGUUUCAGAAUUUCUCAGACUGGGUGUCAAAAAAAAAAAAAAAAAGAAGCUUUAGCUCAGUGAAAGAAGUGAAAUAUUGACAAUUUGUUAAGUUUCAGCAUUACAUUCAGUUUUCAGGGUUAUUAUCUUUGAAAUACCAGAAAUGCUGAGAAGUUGUAAUUCUGGUUAGCUGAAUCUGGGAACAAGUAUAAAUGUUUUUCAUGAAAGCUGAGGGUCAGACAAAAAAAAGAGCUUUAUUUCAGCGAAAGAAGUGGAAAAUGGACAAACUGUGAAUUUUCAGCACUACAUGAAAUUUUCUGCCUUAUUAUCUUUGAAACAGCAUAGAAAUGCUGAGAAGCAGUGUGAAUUCCCCACCUCCUUCAUGCUCUGCAUGAAGGGCAACGCUUCUCAGCUUUACAUUAAAUUUUCAGCUUUAUUAGUUUUGGAACAGCACAGAAAUGCUUGAAAGCAGUAGUUCUGGUUGAUUGAAAGUGGAAACAAGUGUAAAUCUAAUGUUUUAUGAGUGCCAAGGGUGAGGGAACAAAAACACCUUUUCUCAGUGAAAGAAGUGAAAAAUAAUAUGCUAUAUGCUAAUUAUAACAGUAGUUUUAUUAUAAUUUUUGCAGUAUGACAGCUACAUUUCCCUUUCAUCCUUUUGGAUUAUACACAAAAAAACCACAUUAAAUCUAAAAAAUAAUUUUUCAUAAGAUUUUGAAUUCAAUUGCAGCUUUAUUGCUAAUUUCAUAAAUAUUGAAAAAUUAAAAGUAUGACAAAAAAUAUUGGAAUUUUGUAUAGGAAAUCAUUUUUAAUUUAAUUAUUGGUAAAAUCAAAUUUCGAAUAUUCCAGUGGAUGGCAUCAAUGCGGCAAGCAAAAUGAAAUAUGACACUUGACAAGAAAAUUGUAAAGAUUACUGCUGCAUUUCUGUAAGUCGGAAUUUGCACCAUAACAUCAACAGGUUUUUAAGAGCAGCUUAACUCAAGACGCACCCGAACUAACAGAGCUGAAAGGUAGUUAGCACCAUUCUGCUUGGUCUGCACAAUGUGUAUAAAUGAGUAAAACUUCUACUUAUAACCUAAAAGAGGGAUUCCCGAGCUCUCGUGUGUACUUGAAUGCAGCACAAAAAAAGGCGAAGGGAUACGGAAGUGACGUAGCAUUUCCUCUUACACCACCGAAGGAGUUGACAACAAAAAUUGUUAUUUUGCGUGUCUGUGUGCAGUUUUUCUUCUGUUCACCUUCACAGUCUCACAGUACGUUCUGCAUUGCUAUGACGACGUUCUUAUAAAGAAUCUCGGGCUUUUUGCCUUCAGAAGUCUCCAUUUAGCGGUACUUUCACCCGAAGGUUCAAGCCGCUCUCCUACGUCAGACCCAACUUCUCAGUUUUCCGUCAAUGGCGUGCACUCUAGAGAAAGUGUUAUGUGAUGCUCGGACCCUUCUGGACAGACUGAAGGAGCAUGACACGGCCGCCGAGGGACUGAUAGACCAAACCGGGGCCCUUGGACAGAGGGUGCAGAGCAUGAAGGAGGUGGGGAAUGCUCUCCCAGACAAGAACACUGGAGACAAUACAGAGAUUCAAGAGCUAACGAAGUACAAGCCCCAUGUCCUUCUGACUCAGGAGAACACUCAAAUUAAGGAGCUGCAACAGGAAAAUAAAGAACUGUGGCUGUCUCUUGAAGAACACCAAUACACCCUGGAGCUAAUCAUGGGUCGGUACCGUAAGCAGAUGCUCCAGCUGAUGAUGGCAAAGAAGGAGCUGGACACCAAACCGGUGCUCAGCCUUCAUCAGGACCACGCCAAAGAAGUGCAGAGCCAGGUGGAGCAGAUCUGUGAGAUGGGCCAGGUAAUGAGAAGAGCCUUGCAGGUGGACAAUGAGCACUACUGCUCCGUCCGGGAGCAGCUGGCUCAGCUAGAGAUUGAGAACAAGGAGCUUCGGGACCUUUUGAACAUCAGCAAAGGGUCAGUGAAGAUGACGGGAGAUGAUGGCGUCCAGCUGCCAUCACUCCCACCAGCAGCCCAGUGGGAGCAUUCCCCACUGGUGGCUUCUGAUGAGUGAGCAGAGCAGCUUCUGCCUGAAUUGUGGCUGGGAAAAAGAAAAGAAACCAAACAAGGCAGGAAACAGGGUUGUGGAUUUUCUGGUGAAGGUCACUUGAACACAGCAUUUUACCUGUGUGUGGGUUGUGAAAGCUCUUGUAAAGCAUCACUUUGUACAGUAAUUGUAUGGUCACUGCUGUCAUGUUAGAGUGGAUUUAUCAUAACCUGUGACACUGAUUAAAUGUUUGGUUUGUCACUAAGAUAGUAGAAGCAGCAAAGGAGAUUUGUUUUGUAUUUUGGGAUAAAGAAACAGUUACUCUCAGAGAUACAGAACAGAAAAUGUUCAACUGCUAGGCAGUGGAAACAAAUUCAGGAGCAAUAUGUCAUCGUAACAACGAAAUUCCUCGUUAUAACAAGAAAUGAAACUCAAACAAGGUUUGUCUUUAUAAUAAGAGGAGUUUUAUUUUGUUAAAAGGAUAAACUUUCUUGUUUUAACAAAAUGAGUAUUAUGUCUCACUACAAUGACGAAGUUUCCUUGGACAGAUGCCAACUUGCUCAAAAAGCCAUAAAGUUGCUUGCUAUGACCCUCCUUCUCAUCCUGUUUCCAAGAGCUUUCACUGUUACAAUCUUUAUUUUUUAAAAGAGAAUAUGUUUUGGUUUUAGUGAGAUAUAAAUCCCAUGACAACAACUUUCUUUUACCUGGUUAAAACAAUAUUUUUUUUCUCUCCUUUGAAGAAGAUGGUGGCUAUGAAUUUAUUUCCAAGCUCUUUCAGCUUCUGUUCUGCAGUUUCUACCUCUUGAGUUUACAUUUGCUAGAUUCACGUUCUCAUCCACUUCCCCAUGAAUAAGAAAAUCAACAGCAAUGCCUGCUACGAAAGCCAGCUGGUGUAAGCUCGCUACCAAGAAAGUAACUUUUCACAAAGUUUCACCUGCUGCACAUAAUGCAUUUAUACAUGUAAUAUGUUUGUCACAUAGAGUGGAUUCUCAUGUUAAAGGUCAGUUUCCAGAUUUGGAAGCAGAAGAAAUGUAUCAAACCAGCUCAUGACACAUCUUUGUACAAAGUGAAAGAUUUUAAAAUAUGCCAACUUUUGUUGUGAUUAAAUGUUUGUUGUUAAAAACUCUAAAUUGUCAUCUCAGAAAUCAGUUUAGACUUUAUAACGUUGUACAGGAGUGUGUCAAAUAAAAUGUGCACUUUA